AAAAUAUUUUUAAGAGAACAGAGAAAAUAGAAGUGCGAGGUUGAGAGACAGAGACAGAGACAGCCAGGUGUCUUAGGCCCUUUUAAGCUUAUCAGCAUUUAUCUUCCCCCACAUCCCACCGUUUUGAUUUCUCUAAUCUUGGCCGCAAAUGGGAGAGGAAGAAAAGAAACCAGAGGAAAAGAAAAUGGAGGAAAAGCAACCAGAGGAACCCAAAAAGGCAGAGGAAAAGAAAGAAGAACCCAAAGCAGAGAAGCCAAGCGAAGACAAGAAAGAAGACAAGAAGGCUGAGGAACCCAAGGAUCCUCCACCACCACCACCGCCUCAAGAGAUUGUGUUGAGUGUCUACAUGCAUUGCGAAGGCUGCGCCAGAAAGGUCCGCCGAUGCCUCAAAAACUUCGAAGGAGUUGAAGAAGUUGAGACAGAUUGCAAGACCCACAAGGUUGUGGUGAAGGGAGCAAAGGCAGAUCCAGUGAAGGUUCUAGAGAGGGUCCAGAUGAAGAGCCACCGCCAGGUUGAGCUUCUCUCUCCUAUCCCAAAACCUCCGGCUCCAAAAGAUGCCAAAAAGGCCGAUGAGAAAGAAGUUGCCAAACCUCUAGACAAAAAACAAGAGCCUCAGGUCAUCACAGUGGUUCUCAAAAUUUACAUGCAUUGCGAGGCUUGUUCUCAAGAAAUCAAAAGACGCAUACUCAGAAUGGACGGGGUUGAAAGUGUGGAACCAGAUCUAAAGAGCUCACAAGUGACAGUGAAAGGUGUGCUCGACCCACCAAAGCUGGUGGAGUAUGUGUACAAGAGAACAGGGAAGCAAGCUUUGAUAGUGAAGCAAGAAGCAGAGAAGAAAGUGGAGGAAGAGAAGCCCAAGGAAGAGAAGAAGGCGGGCGAUGGCGGAGCCAAGGACACCGGCAAGGGCGGAGAGGCGGCAGCGACGGAGAAGAAAGAUGGCGGAGGAGAGGCGGCUGUGGCGGCCCCACCAGAAGCAGUGGUGGUGGCGGAGGGAGAGGGUGCCAAUGUGGUGGAGCUGAAGAAGAAUGAAUUCUACUACAAUUACCCUCAUAAUUACCAGAUCAACCCCUAUCCCGACCCGUAUCCAUACCCGUACCCAAAUACAAACCCGUACCCCUACCCAUACCCAAAUACAAAUCCAUACCCGUAUCCAUACCCGGCGCCGGCGCCGAUGUCCGAAUUGUAUGCUUAUCCACCACAACAUGCUUACCCACCACCACAGAUGUUCAGUGAUGAGAACCCUAAUGCAUGUUCUGUAAUGUAAAAUGGAGGGAAGUGGGGGGUAAAAUGGGAAAAAAGAGUGCAUGAAUGGGCCUUGUUAACUCAUCUCGUGCUCUACAUGUGCCUUGUGUGGCUCUUUCGUAUAAAAUCUGCAGAGAAACUGUAGAAUUUUGCGAGACUUUGUACUUUUUUUUGUGGUUCUUUGUUUUUAAAUGGUUGUUACAUAUAAAUAAUAAAUAACAUAAUAUAUAUAAAUUUAAAAA